GUCCGCCUCACAACUUACUUUACUUGCCCUGGGACUCGCUGGGUUUUGGAUAGUGCGUCCAGUUUGGCCGGCAUGUCCUGUUGAGAGCGCAGGGACAUGCUGACUCAAUCGUCAAGUGGUCGACAGGCAUUACGCAUGCUACUGUGCGUAUUCGACCGUGGUAAACCAGUUUCUCGAGAUGGAAAAACGGGGGAAAGGGCGCGCGCCAUUGAGCAGUCUGGUGGUUUUCUCAUCGCGGCGUCCGAUAAGGGAGCGGUCGGGAGCGCGCCACCUCCAAUCGCUGGGCCAUUGUCCCCGCGGGCUGCCGGUAGCUCUUUCCGUCCGGGUCCAGACCUCGUUAACCCUGUACCGCUCGGUUCGGACAAAUAUCCCCAAGCACCGCCGACGACAGCUCGUCACUUCUCAAUCUCACCCUUCCUCAACGCAGUGAUGCCCGUUUCUUCCUAUCUACCGGCCUUUCACCGCCAGGUCGUCUACAGCUCAACAGGCAGGGCUGUCGUAAGCGAACCCUGCAUGCGAAUUGUGAGAUGCCACCGCUUCACCGACGCUCAUCUCCACACUUGGACGCCAAGCCCGCUGUGGUAACACCAUCCACAUACGGUAGAUAACCAGCAACACAAGGUAUUCAUAAGGGAACA